GUUCUACGUGUUGUGACCUUGAGGAUGAGGUACGCUCUAGUUGCUUCGGCAAGCCUACUGGUUUCUUCCAUUGUUGUAUCCAAUACCUACUACCGAAAAAAACAGUUUUAUCCUACUGUUGUGUACUUGACUAAUAAUCAACCAUCCUUAUCUAUUCUUCUUUUCCAGUGUGUGGUCAUACUCUUUUUGUUCGUUAGAGCACUGACAUAUGCUUUCUUCGGUCGACUUCAAAGAGCAGAAGUGGAUAACCUUGUUUCGCAGUCGUGGUAUGCGUUCUUCGACAUGUGCUUGGUUUUCGCAUUCUUCCAGAACGAAUUGGGGACUGAAUUCUUGUUUCUGUUUGCUAUACUCUUGUUCGUCAGAGCCUUCCACUGGCUACUUGAAGAAAGAGUUGACUACAUGGAAAGAACACCUGCUAUUAGUGCUCUGUUCCACUUCCGGAUUUUAUCCCUUAUUACUCUGCUUGUGCUCAUUGAUGGAUACUUUAUAAAAACAGCCUACUGGAGACCUGCUACUCAUGGGCGCAGCGUCCAUUUGGCGUUAGGGAUUGAGUACUUCAUUUUAAUGUUGAAUCUCCUUUCAACUACUAUACGUUAUAUUUUACAUUCAAUUGACUCUAUGAGAGAGCAUUCAUGGAGUAAGAAAGCUAUAUAUCUCUUGUAUGUGGAUAUUUUCGUUGGGUUUAUUCGAUUGGCUGUAUAUGUUGAGUUCACGUUUGUCAUGUGGUCAUUACACCCUUUCCCUCUGUUUGUCGCGCGACCUAUCUAUCUCAGUGUCAGGGCAUUGAAGAAGGCUAUUCGAGACGUACUGAUGUCACGUCGUGCUAUUCGAUACAUGAAUACAGUCUUCCGUGAUGCUACUGCUGAUGAUUUGGCUGCGUCAUCCGAUACUGUUUGCAUAAUAUGUCGUGAAGAAAUGAACAUUCAGGCGGAUAAUUCACAACGGGCUGCCACGUCUGUUUUGAAAAGAUUACCCUGUUCUCACAUUUUCCAUGUUGCUUGUUUACGAUCAUGGUUCCAGCGCCAGCAGACCUGUCCUACCUGCCGUAUGGAUGUUAUUCGAGAAGCUAGAAUGCAAGAAAUGCAGCAACAGCAGCCUCAUCGAGCAGCGGCCACCCAUGCACAGCCUGAAAACUCAUCAGUCUCUUCGGGUCAAACUGGUUCAACUGUGACAUCGUCUCCUGCUGGAGCUAAUAAUCAAAACCUGCACAUGCCGUGGAUGCCUCCUGCAAAUGGAUUUCCGUUUUACCCGCCAUUUAUGCCUCCCACAAGUGGUUCGACAACCCAACAAGCUCAACCGGUCUUUCAACCUAUAUCCCCUCUGUACAUGCCACCUUUUAUGGGUAUGCCUAUAAUAUAUCCGGGUAAUUUAUUCCCUAAUGGAAAUACUCCUAUGCCGGAACCACCAUCUGGGUUGCCUGAGUCUGCUGAUGAGGCCCGCCUUCGUGCAAGUGCUGAAGCGCGUUUCACUGCUCUGCGUCAAAUCAAUGUUCUUCUAAAUGCAGCUGUCCUACAGAUGAAUGCUUACCUUAGUGCAGUCAGCACUCCUAUAAAUGAAGUAGAACAAAAGACCUCUACCAAUACUCUUCCCAAUACAGAUGGUGUGGAAAUGACAACAGAAGAGAAUAAAGUUCCAGAUAAUGGUGUCAAGACACUAGUGGAAUCUUCUGAUAUAAAACUGAAGAUGAAUGGUAAGCAAUCAUUUAAUCCUUUUUGAUGUUUUAACACGACAUUCGCUCCAUCACAAUGCCUUCUAUAUAUUGCCUAUAAGGUACCUACUUUUUUUCAAGCUAACUUCACUAUAUCUGAAUAAAAAAUGAAAUAGGACUUGCACUAAACGACUUUUUAUUUCAUUUAUUUGUCCCUUGGGUUCCUAGUGGGACAUAGGGCUUCAGUAACACAUCUCCAUUUCACUGUCUUCUCCGCAGUCUUUUGAAGCUGGCUCCACGACUGCCCAGAAGCCUUCAUUUCUUUCUCACAUGAUCUCCUCUAUGUCACUCUUGGAUGCCCAACUCGCCGUUUCCCCUUUGAGUUCAACUUGAGGGUCUGGCGCGUGAUGUCCCGGAAUGGUCUCAGUAUAUAUCCAGUCCAAUCCAUCUCCACUUUCUUCCUUUGCAUAUUUGUUGGGUGAUGCGUUCUUGCUUCGUUGCUAGCUAGCCAGAGUUCCUUGUUGCUUAUUGUUUCUGGCCAUCUGAUCUGAUCUUCAGAAUAGGGUGAGAGUAGGUGACAGUUGUUGGUGAAUAUCUGUAGUUUGUUGGAAAUGCUUUUCGUAACGCGCCAAGUCUCUCAACCAUUACAGAAGCACUAACUUACUUGACAUUAGUGUUGAAAAUCCGGAUCUUGUUCUUUGUGCUGAGUUGAGUGCAGUAGAUCUCCACACUGAUUACAGAUUGAUGAAAGCCUGUCUUGCUGUCUUUCCGAUCCUUGCUUUGACAUCCUCAUCUGUGCCUGUGACACCUGUAGUUGAAAUGAUGCUGCCUGGUUAGGUAGGUGAAAGAGACUACUUUCUUUAGAUUUCUCCCAUUGAUGGUGAUUGGUGCUUGUUGUUGUUGUUGUUUGUUGGUUAUCUUCAUCACCUCUGUCUUCUGUGCGUCCACUUACAGUUGCGUCUUCUCUUCCUCUUCUGUCAACUGGUUGGUUUUUACGUGUAGAUCUUGGAGAUGGUGCGACAAGACAUUAGACACAAAUCAUCAUCGGUGGUGAAAUGUAAAUCUUCUAGGGUCUUCUCGUCGGUCCAUCCAGUGUCUACCCACCUUCUGGCUCGUGAGUUUGUUGUAUGAUUCAGUCGAUUGGAGUCGACCACAAUGAGGAAGAUCAUGGGUGAUAGUAGGUGUCAGCGUUGUCUUACUCCUUCGUGUCUUCACUUCUAAGGCAUCACUGAGUUUUCCAUUUUCAAUCACUUAGCAUAUGGUAUCGUCAUAUAGCUGUCGACUGAGGCUGUUGAAGGUUUGUGGUACUAAAACUGUAGUGUUGAAUUAGCUGCCUGGCAAAUUACUUCUCGGUCGACGCUAUCGAAGGUGUUUUCGAAAUCUAUGAAGUUGAAGUUGAGGUUGAGUUGAGUUGAUUGCGAUUGUAUGCUCUGUUGUAUGAUGAUGCGCAGCGUAGAGUUGCAGUUUGAUCCGCACAUGAUUUGUUCUUCCUGAAAGCAUCCAUCCAGCAUGUUGCGGUUGUAAUCCAGUUGAAUGCAGAGUGUUUUUUGGUCUCUGUAGGAUGAUGUGGCUUAAGAAUAAUCUUGGUGUGGACAGCAGCAUAAUUCGUCUGCAGUUCUUGCAAAGACUUAUGUCACCGUUGUUUGGGAGUUUGAGAAGGUAGCCCAGCCGUUCUUGCAAUCAAUGGGCAGGUACGUUUCGUGCCUUCCUGCCUUCCUUCCUUUCAAGCCUUCUUCAGUAGUGUGUGAGCAUGUCGGCUGUUGUCUGUGCAUUUGUUUUCAGUGCUUCGGUUGUAAUUGUAUCUGGUGCUACUGCUUUUGUUGCUUUCAGUGAGUUUAUGGCGUUGAGUACUUCUGGUUUUGUUGGAGGUCUUGUAUUGAUUGGUAGUUGUGUGGCUGAUCUGCUGGUGGUAUUUCUUGUUGAGUUGUAGGUUGUGGUGGUGGUGGUGGUGGUGGUCGAUUCAAGGGUUAGACCGACAAAACAUGCUACUUCUACUAACAUUUUUUGUUCUGAAUGGGAAUAUUCAUUUUACUGAGGUACUACGAAUUUAUUAGAACGAAACUCUGAGAAAAAAAUUUUUCUGCUCAAAAAGAUUAAUCUCUUGGUUCGAUCUCAUAUUGAGUUAUGAGUGCACACUGCUGAAGAGUCUUAUACUAAGCUGGAACAGCUAUCCAUUGCUGUCAGCCUUUCAGUGGUUAUCGAACUGAUGUAGAUUUAUAAUGAGAACUCCUUCAAAGUUAAUCAAUUCCCUGAGAACCUUGCAAUUGAAGGUUCAUCUCUUAAGCAGAUUUUAUAGGUGAAUAACAUAGUGAUGACAUCACACUAAAAAUCUUCGACUUAUAACAAGCUUAUACUUGUUUAAAUUAUCCCUUGAAAAUAAUGCAGUUUGAGCUGCUAUGCUAUUUCAAAGCAGAUAAACAGAAUAGAAUAUGAAGAUUGUAUCCUAGUUCGAGUUGUCAUACUACAUCAGUAGAUCUAAAGAGAAGCCACUAAAGGAAAUGACAAGGAAGAAAUAAGAAUAGUGUCGAAACAAGUAGAACGACGUCUAGGCAUGAUGAAAACAUGAUGGGGAGAAUAAAGUUGUAUGAUAAUACUGUUUAGUUGUAUAUAAGAUUUGGAGUGCUUAUGCUUUACAUCGUGUAGAUUUCUAACCAUUUAUUUUGAUUUUCUCAUGGAUACCAACCAGAAAAUCUAUGUUUCUCUCCUGCAAUUAACAGUCAAGAACUUCGUGGAUUUAUGAUUUGUCUUGAUCUGGCCACUCUAAGCUUUCUACUAACUUCAUUGUACUCCAGUCGUUAUAUUGUACCUAAAUUUAUUUUUCUCUGCGGUAGCUCUCAUAUAUGGCCAUCUGUCGGUUUCUUUUCGAGAUGAAAUCUUCACUUUCUUCAUUACCUUUCGACUCUUAAGUAUUGUCGCUCAUAUGUGAUGUUCAAAUCGAAACCGAAAUGCACUUACACGUUUGUGCGGUAGGCAGUGAGCCACACCUAUUGUAUGACAGCUAAUGAUACUACUUAGCUGUCUACACUUCGGUAGGUGGGGUGGGGUUUGAAAAUCAACUUCUUAAAGCAGUGAACUGCAACUCAACAGUUCGAUGUCACAAGAUGCGUUUUUAGGAUACCUCUAUAUCGGCAAAUUGUAAAAUUAUGCACCAGGAUUGACAGGUAUUUUAGCGUUUAGGUGAUUCAUUACAUUAACCAUCUCAUGUAUAAUAUAGCGAGUUUUAUGAGCACCGAUAAGACAUUUGACAACGCUAAUUAAUUAUAGCAGUUUAGCGCUUCCUAUGACACAACUGUACUAUUUAGCAACUGAAAGUAUCAGUUAGUAGAAAGAAGUCUUCGAUUAUGAGUGUUUUCGAAACAUUACUCGAGUUUUCUGGGGCCACUUGGUAGUGACGUAUGCUGAAGUUAUUCAUGAAGGUGUAGAUACUAGUCGAGGGAUUUGUGAACCAGUUGGUACCUCUUCUAUUUUGCAGUUGAUUUCCUAUCCUCUAAUUUUCUGUUAGUUAUUAAGUAAAAUUUUUAAAUCCCUAUCAUUUUGUCGCUUCAUACCUUUGUUGAAAACACUCUGUAGCUAUACCGUUGCCUAAUCUUUUUUAGUUUUAACAUACAUCGGUUUCUUUUCCACUUUUUGAGCCUUAUUACCUCCCAUAAUUUUCACUUCAUGCACUUCGGAUAUUAGUUCAUUAUCACACUCAUCGGAUCAGUCCUUUUAUUUAUCCAGUUGAGGUACUCACUAGUAAUUUGUUAUGGAUUCGCUUCAUUGACCGUAAACUUUAGUGGUAUGAUGAACACUAUUAUAGAACCGUUUCUCUUAGUAAUCUCGGUUUUUGGAUUUACGCAUAAAUUCAGAAUCGUUAGUUGUGUUGACUGAGGUUGGUGAGACGUGUAUUCUGAAUACUGUGAUACACAGACUCUGUUGACUGAUAUGGGAUGUUGUCUGGAUUAGGCUUUUAAUGAUCAGUCUAAGCAGUGAAACUGACAAUUAGCUUGAACUGUGUAACUAAGUGUAGUCUAGUGGAUUCUAGUUAUCGAAACAGUCGAAACUUAUGGUUGAAGAUAUUAGGUGAUGUGACUUCUAAUUGCUUGCUUCCACUUUUCGAUUUCUUCAAAAAACCCUUUUUGAUAACUUCUUCAGAUCCUACAGUUGUAUGUGCAUAUCGUGUAGUUUUACAUCAAAAAUGGUGAGAUUUUUUUUAACGGUUUGUCAAUAAUAUUAUGUAAUUUGUGGAAUUCUCAGACUUUAAGUCCUUUGUUGUUUUGUGCCUGUUUAUAUCUUAUUCAUUACUACACCGCUUUUUUAUGCUUAUUCUGUUACUGUUGAUUUUUGCGUUCCACCUGUCUAAACUUUUCGAAAUUUCAAUGAUUUGGACGAAAGUCAUAUUGUGUGGUAUUUUUUAAAAGUCGAUUCUUGUUUCUUUGACCAUAUUUUGAAUUGUUGUUUUCUUCAUUUUCUUGGAUUUGUCUAAGAUAAGUAGUUCUAUUCUAAACACUAUUCAAUAAAAUAAUACUAUAUUGCUGUACAUUACACCCAAUAGAUGAUGUAAUAUGGAAUUUUGCUGUACUAAAGUACCCCAGUUUGACUCUUACAAUAGCAUUGUUUUCUCUAAAAUAACAAGAUUAUAUUUAUAUUCUAUCUUGGUACGGUUGAAUUUUGCAAACUAUGUAUGAUACCCCCUUCAUCCAUGCGAAAUUCCCAUGCUCUGAAUUUCGGUUGCACUUUGAUGUUACUGAGGCAUCAAACAGAGUGUAUAGAGCAGGAGUUUACAAGUACAUCAUGAAUGCCAUACAUUGCUUAGGUUCUUAGCUUCACAAUCGUUCCAUUUCUAGAUUUGAGUGUAGUUAGAUUCUAUAUCUAUGACUGAAAUGUGCAUGUGAUAACUGUAUUGAAUACAGACAACCAACUAGAUAGACCGAAUGGUGUGAACUGGAGUUGUGCAAAUCAAUAGAAUUUGAUGUUACCUAUAUGUUUGUCAGUUGAUGAAUUUAGUUGAAUGGGAUAAAAUCAACGUAAAACAUCUCGCCGGCUCACGUUGCCACACUCAACAGUUGACUGCAAAGGGCAAAUGAAUAGAGGUAGUAAACGAAAGUAUGCAUGGAGAAAAAAAUUGGUAAUGAAAUUUAGUGAAAAAGAAAACAUCAAGUGGUUAAUACAUCUGUGCCCCUGUGACUGAUUUCCAAGCAUUUCAUCAGAGAUCUGCAACUUUUGAUUCUUAUCAUCUCGACUACCCCAGCUAAAAAGUUUGCACCUCUUGCGCAGCUCAGACCAGCAGUCAAAUACUUCAUGGACUAGUGCUACAUGUAGUCAUGCAGUCACUUAUGAUCGAAAACCCAUAGUUUCUUGACCUCUCAACAGCUAUGUCUGAUAGCCAUAUAACAGAAUAGAAUAAACUGCAACGCGGUAUUUAGUUGGAUAUCUCGCCAGCACCAGAAAUGAAGUAAUUUGGCAAACACCGACUGCGCUUUCGGUAUCUGAGCUGAGAUUCUGUCAGCAACCAAUCCAUUCGAACUGCUGCAACUCCGCGUAAGUAAAUUGGUCAGCACAUUCUACUAUUUCACACAUUAUCCUUAAUCUGGGAGUGGUUGAAUAUUAAUCUAGGAGCUUGAGACGCAUGAGAACCCACUCAGAUUUUUGCUAGAGCUGUUCAGAAGACCGUGGAUUUUUUGACGUUUUGUUUAAGUGUACAAUGUCGUCUGUGUGCGUCAAGACGACCAGAUUGGCUUAGGCGGUUUCUGAAUCCUUAUGAAAGCAGAUGUCCAUUAUUACAUUUUCAGUGAAGUUAAACAGGAACGGUAACUGGGCGAAUACCUGGCGAAUACCACUUGUUGUCGUCAAUUUACAUGACAACUUUCCAUAAGCGUGCAUGGGUUCGGGUAGAGAGCGUUAGUUAGUGCUAUGUACCUGCUCGGGACUGCCCCACAGUCAGACAUUGCCACAACACUUCAUGGUUGGCAGAGUCGAAUAUCCCUUUCAUGUCUAGAAACACGGCGCGUCGGCUACAGAUAAGUUUGUGUCUGUUCCAUAAUCUGUCUUAGAGUGAAAAUCUGGUCGAUGCUCCCUCAUCAAGGCAUGUGACCUACCUGGUUUUCUCGACUUUGAUGUUCUGUUCUGUUAAGCUUCAGAUAACUGUGGACCCAAGGAUCUUGGUGUUAGUUUAACUGGUUUCCUUAAGGUUAUCACAGGAAGACUUCUCUUUUUUCAUAGAGUGGAAUGAUCAAUGACGUAGACUAGUCUGAUGGGACUACCGCUGAUUCUUACAUACUACCAAGUACCUCCGUUACUCUGCUAAGUAAUAUUCUACCUUCAUCCUUAAACCUUACUGAUGGUGAAGCAUCAAGUCCUGCUAUUUCGCAUUGUUUCAGGUUUGAAACAGCCUUCUUAUCCCCGAAGCUCGUUGUAGAACCGCCACUUACAUCCUAUUUGAAUUCGAGCUGGAUGUCGGGGAAGUGAAACAUAGCUGUGAGCCAGUUGAAAUAUGUCUCAGUGUUCUACUCAAUGUUGUAGCCGCCUCACUUAAGAGUCUAUCAGGAUCCCAUCAUUUUCAGCGAUGGUCUCCCUGACCAUUGUCUUCUUGUCAGUACCUUUCAUAUGUCUAAAUAAUUGCCGAGUAUUUCGCAAUGUUAAUGCCGUUCCCAUCUCUUAUGCUUUCAACAUCCACAGCUGCUCUUGAUCAUUGCGAAGACUCUUAGUCAGUUAACGUUUGACCAGCUUUCGCUCCUUAUUGUGGUCAAAACCAACUGGAAUGACUCUUUUCGCACCAAUCAGUUCAAUUGACAUUGGAGAAAUCCACUACCUUUUGCUGACUCUCGUAUUUAGGUUUCUGACUGUCUUCAGUACUGUUUCUACGUUGGACUGGACAUCAAACCAGGUUUCCUCAGGUUGAUGAUUACUGUCCCACUCAGAUAAAUGUUUAAGUAUCUUUUCCCUAAACACUCAUAACGUUCACAUCUCCCAAUCAAGCAUAUAUAGGCUUCACUACCAUUUGUUUUCUGCAACCAGUAAGACUCACCAACGCUUGAUCGGCGACCAAGCACGUACUCCAAAAAGAGUGGCAGUCCUUCACUGGUGCCUUAUAGCAGUGUGAUCUAUUGAUUUCCAUCUCUGGUUAGGUGUCUAGUUGACACCAUGUUGGACAGUGUAUUUCCCUAUGCUUGAAGUUAGUACUGGUCAGGAAAAGGUGACUGUUAGAACAAAAUUUGAGGAGAAAAUCACUGCGUUGGCCAUAGUAUUUCGUAGAUGGCUACAGGAUGCCUUUAAGUUGACUCAGUUUUUUUUCUAAUUCAGUGUUGAAGUCGCCUGGUGUUAUGACUGCAUCUGAGCGUUUUGCUUUCUGUAGCAAAAUUGACAGCUUUAUCAUGGGAACUGUUGUCGAAGGUUUUUAAAAAAGAUGAAUUCAGCAAUUUUUCGUCCAAAGAAAUCAACAUUUUGUUGAUUAUAUGUUCAAUAAAAUAUUGUUCAUCUUAUUAUAUAUUUUUUCUAUGUAUUUUACUUUCAUUUGAAUUAGAAAACCCAGAAGUUGCCAAAAUUCGUAAACAUCGAUUAGAACAUUUUUGUGGCAAAUCUACUGAUGAUCAAUUACAGUCUAACUCUAAGGAUAAUGAAGAAUCCAAUUGAAUAACCUGAAACUUCUAUGCGUUUAACUUUAAUACUGUUCACUUCACUUUAUUUUAUUUGUAUAACUUGAAUUCUAAGGGGUUACAUACUCUUUUAGAAUUCUUAAAUAAAUCGAGUUUGCUCUUUGUUCAUUUU